GAAACACAAACAACAAGAAGAGCAGCGACUGGGAGCCAGCAGACACAUACAGUUACGCAGCAGCGACCGUUGGUGGAGAGGGGAAAAAAAAAUAAUAAAUAAACUACGGAGCACGACUUUCUCAAAGUACUAUUCUGUCGAAUGAAUACGUUUACAGUGUUUAAAGAGACCAAUGCAUUCGAUAAAUUGGCUGUAGACACGCCGUGCAGACAGCAGUCUGGUAGCUAUAAACAGUGAAGUGGUGCAAAGGGAGGAGGUCAGGAAAUAAAGGAGUUACCUAGAGGGUCUCCGUCAGUCCACAUUUCAGUUGGAGCGAGAGAAAACGGCACAGAGGGAGUGAGAGAAAGGAGAAGAGGACUGCGAGUCGCGUCUGCUCUUGGCAGCUGUUCCAGCAGCCUGUUUCAUUGUUUUCUGGCUGUUAUUUUGUUCCUGCGUUACGUUUUUGAUCAAUCAGUUCAUAUUUUUAACUUUAAUGUGAGAUAUAACUGCUGUAAAAAACACAAAAACAAAAAAUUGCAAACAAAAAAAAAAAAGACAUUACUAGCAAGAGUGUUUUAUUUUGUUCCAUUGUUAAUUUCUAUAAGGUUCUUUUUGUUUCUUUUUUAUGUUGUUAACCUUUUUUGGCUGUGAGUAGCAGGAGCUUCCAUUCUCCAAACUUAUCGUUGAAAGCCCUUCCUUAGUUAGGACCUGAUAACCUGGUAUUCCUCAAGCACCUGAAAUUGGCAGCUAUUCUCUUUGUGUGUUUGGGGAGCUCUGUGACCACAGCUUAAGCACCACUCAGCCUUCUAGUCACCUAAGCCUAACUAAAGCCAGCCAGCUCGAGCCUGGUCCAGCCCAGUCCAGCCUGCUCCGAUUAUCUGGACAGGAUACUCAGUUCUGUGUGGACGUGAGGAAUAUGACUGCUGAGACUCUAAACUUCGGCCCAGAAUGGCUCCGUGCACUGUCCAGUGGGGGGAGUGUGACGUCUCCCCCUCCUUCCCCCGCCAUGCCAAAGUACAAGCUGGCCGAGUACCGCUACGGCCGAGAGGAGAUGUUAGCACUUUAUGUCAAAGACAACAAGGUCCCAGAGGACAUGCAGGAUAAGGAGUUUGCUGCUAUUCUGCAAGAAGAGCCCAUGCAGCCACUGGCACUGGUGCCGCUCACUGAGGAGGAGCAGAGGAACUUCUCAAUGUCUGUGAACAGUGUGGCAGUGCUGAGGCUCAUGGGAAAGGGGGUGGGUGGUGCCACCCCAGCCGGAGUGGUCCGUGGGCGAGGAGCCACACGAGGUGGUCGAGGUCGAGGCCGUGGUGAAGGUGGAUUCUACCAAAGAAGUAUUGAAGAUGCAGAGGUGGGUUUCGGUCGCAGUGUCCGAGAGAUUCACCGCAGCCAGAGCUGGGACGACCGGGGUGAGCGUCGAUUUGAGAAGCCACUGCGGCGGGAGGUGGGGCGUCCUGGCUUUGAAGAAACUGGAGGUCCCGGGGGUCCAGGGAGGAAAGAGUACACAAGGGCUGACAGUGAUAACUGGCGUACCCUCCGGGAGGAGCAGGAGGAGGACGAAGGGGAGCCAGGCAGCAACUGGAGACUUGCUGGAUCCCGCAGGGAUGAUGGUGGUCCUCGCUCAGCGGGCUGGCGGGACCAUAGUGGUCCAGGAGAAGGUCGUCGAAGGAAGUUUGAUUUCGACUUCCGGGACUCUGACGGUCAUGGUGGCGGGCGUCGGCGUGCAGGCAGUGAUGGUCUAGAGGACGACAGGGACGGCCUGCCCGAGUGGUGUACAGAUGAGGAGGAUGGGGAGAUGGGCACUUUUGACUCGUCUGGAGCUUUCAUGCCUAUGAAGAAGAGUGGCAAGGAGACAAUCCCGGAGGAGUUUGAGUUUAAGGGGAUAGAGGAGGAGGAGGAAGAGGAGGGGGACAGCCUCGCUGACAUGGAGCGGAACAGUGCUGAAGGAGACAAAGACAAGGAGAUUAAAGAAGCCAUCUCUGCUGUUGGAGAUGGUGAGACAAAGCCAGCAUCUCCCUCGUCUUCUCCUCCAGCUCACUGUACCCCUCCAUCUCUGGAGUCCCAACUCAGCAGUGCUGGUCAGGUGGUGGAUAACCCUCAGCUGAGCAACAGCCAAUCUGUCAAGGCCAGCAGCACGCCUGGUGAAGAAGCAGCUCCAUUAGGGGGCUCCAAGGCCCAGCUGAGUCCCAGCACCGCAGCCACAUCCUCCACCCUGCCUCCUCCACCCCCCUCAUCUGCUGCUCCUCUCCUCCCGCCAUCUGGAGGAGACACUGAGGACGACGAAGGCAUGAAACACCUGCAGCAGGAGGCAGAGAAGAUGGUGGCAUCACUGCAGGAUACCUCUUUGGAGGAGGAGUGUUUCACCCAGGCUCUGCAGCAGCAGGAGAGCAGGAACACGGCAGCUGCUUUGCCGCUAAGUCAUGAGGCUGCCAUGAAGUGGUUCUACAAGGACCCCCAAGGAGAAAUCCAGGGUCCAUUCACCACGGUGGAGAUGUGUGAGUGGUUCCAGGCUGGCUACUUCACCAUGACCCUGCUGGUGAAGCGGGGCUGUGAUGAGGGCUUCCAACCCCUGGGGGAUGUCAUCAAGAUGUGGGGCCGCGUGCCCUUUGCCCCAGGUCCCUCCCCGCCGCCCCUGCUGGUGAGACAGCUACCACCAACGCAGCGCCCGCAGCCCAACCGGGGGCCCGCCGGGACUGGAAACCUGGACCAGGAGCGCUUGAAAAAGCAACAGGAGCUCGCAGCUCUAUAUCAACAGCUCCAGCAGCAGCAGCUAUUCCAGCUCAUCAACAGGUGCAGUGAGCAGAGUAUGAUGCCUUCGAUGAACAGAUCGAUGUCAGUGCCAGAUACAGGGUCCAUGUGGGACAUGCAUACCUCAGCUUCACAGCCGUCAGGUGGUGAAGCCAGUCUUUGGGACAUAACAAUGAAUCCUUCUACUCAGGGUCCAACUCUCGAACAGCUUCAGAAGCUCCAGCAAGAGAGGCGAGACGCGGAACUCAGGGCGAAGCGCGAGGAAGAGGAGCAGCGUAAACGAAGGGAGGAGAAGAGAAGGCAACAAGAGGAGCAGAAAAGGAGGGAGGAGGAGGAGAUCUUCAGACGCAAGCAGUGUCGUCAGCAGCAAGAACUGAUCAUGAAAUUGCUGCAGCAGGCCCCCCAGCAGCAAGGACCUGGGGCAAGCAGCUCAAGUUGGAGCGGGGCUCCCUCUUCUGGGCUCACAAAGGCAGGAAAGCCCACGGCUCUGGCUCUGCUGGAAAUGCAGCAGGAAACGGAGAGGCUCCUGAAGCAGCAGCAGCAACAGAGAGCCCAGCAGCAGAGAGAACGCCACCCCGGUAUGUCGAUGGGGAGCUCCUCCAUGGGAGGACAGUGGGUGGAUGGUGUUGGCAUGUGGGGAGGGCCGGGUGGUAUGGAGGGUAAGAGCAGUAGUGGAGGGUCUUCAGGCAGUAUGGGCAUGUGGGAUGAGGCUGUGAAAAACCAGGCCAGCCUGCGUGGGAACAGCAACAACAACAUGGGCCUUAAGAACAGCCGCAGCAGCCCAUCACUCAGUGAACAGUACAUGAUCCGCCGUAAGCGCACGGAGGAGGAGGAGAAGCUGCUGAAACUGCUGCAGGGCAUGAAGCCUCAGGACGGCUUCACCACCUGGUGUGAACAGAUGCUGCACGCUCUCAACACCUCUGCCAACAACUCCUCCUCCUCUUUGGAUGUUGCCACAAUUGUGGCAUACCUGAAGGAGGUGGAGUCUCCCUAUGCAGUGCUGGAUUUCAUCCGGUCCUACUUAGGGGACACAGUGGAAGCCAAAGAGUUCGCCAAACAGUUUCUGGAGCGACGUGCCAAACAGAAAGCCAACCAACAGAGACAGCAGCAACAGUUAUCAAAGGAAGUGGCUGGAUUGAACAUGAACUUCCCUCUGCAGGAAUCAAUGCGAGGUAUGAAUCCGAACACUCUGCAGUCCAUGUUUCAGGCCAACCACAUGAGCAAAGCUGGUCUCUACGAUAACCAGGGGGGAAAGAUGAAGAAGAAACAGCCCAUGAUGCUGCACUCUGACCCCAGCAUCUUAGGGUACUCAUUCCACAACACGGGCGAGUGUCUGAGCCUGAAUGAGAUGGAGAUGGUGGAGGAUUACUGAUGUGACGCAGCGCAGCAGCAAUAGCUACCUGAGGCCUUCUGUCUUUUAAUCAGACAAACCUGAUGACGAAUGUGCACUGCUGGGGGAACCGAGAAGGGUUGUAGGAUAGAAAGGGGGCAAGCGCGUGUGUGUGUGUGGGGGGGAGGUGUGGGGUGGAGGCGCCUAGUUCUGCGCCUCCCACUCUUUCUUUCCCUCUGGACAGAAAAAAAAGGGCUCCCUGCUGCACCAGUUGAUCACUAGAGCAGGGGAGAGGGGGUUGAGGCGUGGUGAGGUUUAAAGGGUGAUGGGUAUCCUCUGGCACUCAAAAGAUUAAGCACCUUAUACUGAACUAAUGCACUUUACUGAGAUGGGAUUUGAAUAGUUUUUUUCAUGUGUGUAUUCGUGUGUGUUCAGAAUCAGUGCGCACAAUGGUGUGUGUGUGUGUACACACACAGUAUUGGCAUGCGCAUCAGAACUGGAAGGGGGCGGCGAAUGGGCGGGAUGUUAGGUUUUCAAAUUCAGGGGGACCUUUAGUUGAAACCUUAUCAGAGAGCAAAUCCUUUCUCAAAAGACAAACACUGUUGAUAUUUCUCUUGUUUAGCAUUUUUUUUUUUUUUUUUUUACGUUUAUAUAAAAAAGUAAAGCUAUUGAAAAAUGGAUUAUAAAAAAAACUUGAAGAUUUGCACUUGCCUAAAAAAAUGAAAUAAGAAAAACAACAAAAAAAACAAACAGAUGGGGUUAGUUAUAGAAGUGAAUAUUUUUGUGAAUGUGUAUGCGUGAGUGGGAGUGGCUGACGUGUGAUUGUUGGUUUGUGUCAGUAAUAUACAGUCUGCACAAUUUUUUUUUUUUCUUUCUUUCUUUUGUUGCUUACCAAGAUGUAUGAAACAUAAGAGGCCAUUUUUGUCUUUUCUGUUUAGAUAGUAAUUUUGUAUUGUCAUGUUUUAUGUGUGUGCAUGUGUCCCUUUCCAGACAGGGACUUAAUGUGUUUUGGGCGUGAUUGUGUGUGUGUGUGUGUGUGUGUGUGUGUGUGUGUGUGUGUGUGUGUGUGUGUGUGUGUGUGUGUAUUAAAGAGAGAGAGAGGGGGCAAUUGCACAACAUCCUUUCUCUCACCAGCUCUUCAUCCCCUGAUAGAACACCAGAAAUGCAUACAUUUGUAAAUGUUAGCUUUGCUCUCAUCACGUGACGACCACCACUAGUUUAUUUCCCUUAGCUUCUCUCUGCGAGGAGCCGUCUCUAGAUCUGGAAGGACUAAUGCAGACGUGGCAAAUAAUGAGGGACAUUACUGCGUGCGCAUGUGAGUGAGAUUUUGUGUGCGCGUGUUUUAGAGUACAUGUUCAUUUACUGUUCAUAGAAAUGAGUGAAAACUACAGGUACUCGUUUUUUUUGUUGUUGUAUGAAUGCACAUUUGUGCCUAAGAACUUGGAUAGGGUGCAUGGCCAUCGAGACAUUAACUCUUUUUGAGAGCGAGUGUGGUGCGUGUCAGUGCUCAGCACAGUGUAUGUAAAGUGUGUACGUUUCUAUCGUAAAAUAUUUCUAGUCGAGUCUAGGGGUGAUCCAUCGGAAGGUUAGUCCAGUCUGUUUUCCUGGGGUGUGAUCACGUUGCCUUUUGUCAGCUCUCGAACUUGUGAAUGAAAGGUGUCGAGUUUCUGACUCUGAAAAAUAAAAAAAAAAAUUAAAAAUACAGCAUCUUAAUGUGCAAGUGCACACAACGGUGCAUGAAAUAUUAGCAUAUUGUGUUACGUAUUCGUUGUUGCAAUUUGAUAAUGACGAGUUUUCUUUUUUUAAAUGAAAAAUAUAUAUGAAUAUAUACAUUAUAUACAAAGUUUAAAAAGUAUUUGGACUAAGAUGAGCACUUGGGGCUGCUAUUUUUGUUGUGUGUGUUUAAUUUUCUUUUCUUUGUUUAUUUUUUUUUCUUCAUUUUUGUUUCAUUAUUGCCAUGUGAAGUGUGUAUUAUUUCUUAAGAAAAUAUUGAAUGUAUUCCAAAAAAAAAAAAUUACAAGAAACCCAUGCUGAUACAAGAAUUUUUUUUUUUCUUUUUUUUUUGGGUUCCUCAGAAGAUUUCAAAAAUGGAAACAAAACUGAAAAAAGCUUCAAAGAGUUGAGCGGGGUCUUUUUUUUUUUUUUUCUUUUUUUCAUUUACACAGUGGAGUAGAGAAAAAAACUCGAGAUGGAUACAGUUGAACACACUGCCUCUACAAUCCUGGUCGUAAAAAUGGUGACUAAAGAAAGGACUCUUUCUAUUCCAUACUGGAGCUUUGGUUGUUUACAAGCCACAUGGAUAUCUGUGGGUGCAGUUUUAUUCUUUUAUCUUUUUUUUUGUUAUUAUUGUUCCCACGAGAUGGGUGGGGUUUGCAAGUGCGCUUCUGCCAUAAGGACAUUGAGUGGUGUGUGUGUGUGGUUAUUUUAUUUUAUUUUUUUUUUCCUUUUUUUUUUGUUUUUUGUUUUUUUUGUUUUUUUUUUUUGUUCUUUUGAGGAAGAGUGGCAGGCAUCACAACAACAUGGACAGGGUCCUCUAACUGGAUCUCUGUGUCUUGGGUCCUGAGACUUGAUCAGCAAUGGAGCGGAGGCAGAAAAAUCAAGGAUGGGGCUGUUUUGCGGAGAACAGAGUGCAGGGCUGCAGAACCCUGGAGGGAACUGAGAGGACAAUGUGGGUGCACUUGUCUUCACCUCAGCCCUCAAAAGCACUCGCACCCUGCCCUCACCGACUCACCUAUGCACUUUUGUUCAUUCAAGCUGUGAGGUACAAUUUUGGGGAUGGGAGCACAAUUACAACAGGAGGAUUGCUACGACUUUGACAAAGUCACUGAAAACGAUAUUCCCAAACUCAAAUGAGAGACUUGAGAAGCUCGUCUUCUCCCACCUCCUGUACAUAACCAUAUUUUUGUAUUACCUUUCAGAGUAGAAAGAAAAAAAAAUUGCAAAAUGGAUGAAGGAAAAUUCAUUGAUUAUAUGGCGUGAAUGUUCUUCAAGAAAACCAAUCUUUUUUUGAAUAUAAUUUGAGAUGGACUCGUUGCGAGUUUAGUUUGCCAGUAGCCCUGAAGUAAUCGGGGAAGGAACGAAAAACCACAUGGACUGAGGUGUUGGCCGUGCUGCAGUGGCUCCAAGACUGACUGAUAGCUACUUACGAAAAUGGAUGUUGCAGUGGCUACAAAGAGCCCACCAAGAGUGUUUGAUCAACACGCACAGUAAAGAGACGGACACUGAUGACGGCCUCGAGAGCUGUAGAGUGACUGCAGGAGGAAAAGUGCUUGGCGUUGGAGUCCGGCUGUGCUUUAUUUGCUGCCCUCUGCAAGGAGGAUCUUAUCUACAGCCGACCCAUGAACCAGUGAACCCUAAACCUGUCCUUUUGAACUUAGACCCUAAGAAACUUUUCUUGACCUCAGUCUGGGCAGGCCAAUGGCAUUAUCAGUUGGACAGAUGAAGCUACAGGUUUAUCAACUCCUGAUCCCUUUCUGUUGGAAGUGUUUGGUUAAGGAUUUAAUCCGAUGCUCCCACCUAAGAAGAGGAUAAAAAGGCAUGUGUUGCCCAGAAGUUAUCAUCCAUCCCUGCCGGAAACUCUUGGAUGGCGGUCUUGGAGGUCUCUUAGCCAUUAGGACCGAAGACCUGCCCUCCCACCCAGACGUCAGAGACAGAGCUGGGUCGAGUUCCGGUGAACGUGGCUGGAUUACAUCUCAGCCAUCAGAAAACCCUGCAGCUGCGGGACUGGAUGAACUGAAAGAAUUGUACAGGAGAAAAAAAAAAAAAAAGACUUUGAAAACAAAACACAAAACUAUCAUACGCCACAUAAAUUCUCAAGUCCAAAGGAGCAGGCAGACACACUACAUGCACACUCACAGCUAACGUUACAUUGGCUCUCCUCUGGAACCAUGUCUGUGCACACACAACAGGGAUACACCAAUAUCAAAUGACACAAAGACACACAAGCAUCAACACUCAGCAGUAUAAAUGCUGAGCUUUGUAAAUAAUGUAAAAGUUUGUGUUUUGAGUUUUCUCUCAUAAUGGGUUUUGCUUUAUUUCUCUGUUCAACAUGCCUUAAAUUGUAUAGUUCAGUCGAAUGGCUUACUGAAAAUGUUCUCAACAUGAUAAAUUUAAGUUGGAAACCACCUUGUUAACUGUACUCUAAAAGUUUUAACAAGACGUCUGUUGGCUAACAGAAGUGUCCUGUAUAAAAGUGUAAAUGUGAUCUACUUUAAAGUUACUAGUUAACUAAAGAAUACGGCAGCGAGGGCUUUUUGGUUGAUCUAAUUUUACUAGUGGCUGGCUUUGUUGCCCCCCCCCCCCCUUUUUUUUUGUUGUUUUUUUUUUUUUUGUUUUGAUUAAAAUAAAGUGUGGAUUCAUUCAAAUUUCCUAUUUAGAUUACUGCUGAAGGUGCAGGCUUGACAAAGGGCUGAAGUCUGUGCUGCCUGGAGCUGGGCUUACUGGGUAGCAUGCAGAGGUUUGUCUCAGCACGGACUCGUUGCUGCGUUAUCUGUGGUUGGAUACAGUCCUCGGCAAAACUGAACCAGGUCGUCCUCAAAUUGAGGUGCGAAUUAGUGCGCUUGAUCGAUUUCUUUACACUCCAGGGGACUUUAAUGUUUUAGAAGUUCUACGGAUCUUUUUACAGUUUUGACAUAAUGAUGCAGGCUUGUCUAACAGGAGGGAUUGUAAGAACAGUUUAUGCAGGGCUGGUAAUAUUUGUGGGGUUUUACACAAAUAUUGCCAGUCUGUGCAUCUUUUAGUGCUGCUGACCACCCCUGAUGGCACUGAAUAGAUAUGGAGUUGACGAGGCAGUGGCGCGUCUGAAUCUGAAAAGUUGUCUUGGACUGAGUCUUUAUUCUGUAUAUGUGUGUAUCAUUGAAUUUAAGAGAUUCGUGUUUUUAGUCAUCCAGUAAGUUUGGGAUUUUUUUUGGGGGGGGGGGGGGGGGGUGCAGAUGUGCAUUUUUUUUAAUCCAAAUGGAAACUGAUGCUUAUUGUAUACCAUCGGCUCAGCCUUGUUAUGUUUUUGAUUGAUUGUGGUUUUGGUGUGCAGUUUUCUUCUAUAGGUAAGUGAAAUAGCCCCAGUUGGCUUUAGUAUGUCAUAACUGUUCAAUCGAUAUUGAAUUAUUAAUAUUAUGUUUUGGCAUUUUUAAAAGCUGAUACUGUGCUAGAUGAAUCAUCAGUUUGUUUUACUGCACUACAAAAGCUUUUAUGAUUAGAUAAACUGCAGUAUUGUGUCUGAAGGCCCUGGUUGACAAGUUGCAACCUCUGAAGAGGUCACUGCCUGACCCACCUGCUUCAGGAUGUGAAGUUGAUCACCUGGUUCUUUUUUCCCGGUUACAGUAAUGCCAACCCUAAAGACUGAUAAAAGAUAUACCCCAGUCAGCCCAGCUCCUUCAUUCAAUAAGUCUUUGAAUGUUGUUAAAAUAACAGCAUAUGUGUAAUGAAAAUGUUUUGGAGAAGAACAACUGAAAAAAGUGUAAAUAGUUUGGCUUUUUUUUGUUUAAAGAACAAAAUAAAUACUAAGUAAACAGCA